AUGAGUAUUGAAUUUCUUUUGGAGGGUGACUGUAAUAUCCUAAAAUUGAUUGUGGAGGCGCCGCGGACCGGCCCGGGUCGGGUGCGCGCGCGCGCGAGCGAGCCCGCGUGGGAGGCGGCGGAGAGCGGAACUGCGGCACCUGUUGCCUCUGCUCGGCCCCCUGCUCCCCUGCCGCCGCUGCCGCAGCCGAGACCCGGAGGGAGGGGGUGGGGUCCCCGCGGGCCGCGCCGCCAGUCCCCCCCUCGGUCCCGCCUGGUGAGGGGCAGGACGAGCGGAGCUCUGCGCAGGUGCCCGUCAGGGGGCGCCCGGACCGCGCGCUCACUGCCUGCGCUCCCGCGGGGCGGCGGGCCUGAGCGGUCCGGCCUCAGUGUGAACCGCAGCCACCCGGAGGUGAAACGCAAGUGUGGAGCCGAGUUUCGUCGGUUUUCACUGGAAAUAUCAAAACCUGGAAAAUUUAAAGACUUUUAGGGAUUACUGCAACAUGUUCAUAAGAUGCCCAACGCUGAUGUUUUAGUAGGCUAUGCAGAUAUCUACGGAGAUUUAUUGCGCAUAAACAACGAUGAUAAUUACCACAAAGCUGUUUCAACUGCCAAUCCGCUACUUAGGAUCUUUACAACCAAAAAAGCAGCAGCAGACUACAGGGCCUUUGGUACAGACACACUGGUAAAGAAGAAGAAUGUUUUAACCAAUGUGUUGCACCCUGACAACUAUCGAAAAAAAGCCCAUAUAGUCAUUAGUUUGCCCCAAGACUUAAGACCUGUGUAUUCUAUUAUUGACGUGAAUAUUCUCCCAGAAACACAACGUAGGGUUCGUCUUUACAAAUAUGGCACCGAGAAACCCCUAGGAAUCUACAUCCGGGAUGGCUCUAGUAUGAGGGUAACACCACAUGGCUUAGAGAAGGUCCCAGGGAUCUUUAUAUCCAGACUUGUCCCAGGAGGUCUGGCUCAAAGCACAGGGCUGUUGGCUGUUAAUGAAGUUUUAGAAGUUAAUGGCAUAGAAGUGUCAGGGAAGAGUCAUGAUCAAGUAACAGACAUGAUGAUUGCAAACAGCUGCAACCUCAUCAUAACAGUGAGACCAGCAAACCAGAGGAAUAACAUCGUUAGGACUUCUGGCAGCUCUGGCCAGUCUACUGAUAACAGCCUGGUUGGCUAUCCACAGCAGAUGGAACCCAGCUUUGAGCCAGAGGAUGGAUACAGGGAUGAAGAUGACAUUAUUAUCGAAGACAAUGGAGUGCCACAGUAG